AUGGGCCGCACCCCUCGUCUUAGCAAAAAAGAAAGACGGAUCGCCCCGAAGUGCAUCAACUACAGACGACUCAAUGACGUCACUGAGUYUGACGCUUACCCAAUGCCGGACCUCAAUACGUUGAUACGUCAAAUGCGAGUCGCAAAAAUAUUCAGCAUUUUGGACCUUAAGUCGGGAUACUGGCAAGUACCACUUAACCAAAACGCUCGAAAAUACACGGCAUUCCGGGCGCGUCGGGGUCUGUAUCAAUUCCGAGUCCUCCCCUUUGGCCUAAAGAACAGCCCCAUGACCUUUGUACGUUUAAUGAACGAAGUAUUGAGGGGGUACUUGGAUGAGUUCGUCCGCGUAUAUCUUGACGAUAUAGUGGUGUUUUCAAACACUACGGACGAACACCAGUGCCACUUGGACAAAGUUCUGGAACGUCUACAAAGACACGGGUUAACAUGCAACACCGAAAAAUGCAGUUUCGGAUCUACCGAAAUAUCAUUUCUCGGACACCUAGUCACAUCCGACGGCAUAGACAAAUAA